AUGUACGGCAAGAACGAAUCUUCUAUCCGCGGGAUUGUGAAACAAGAAAAAGAAAUUCGGGCAACUCUUGCUGUGGCCCCUGAGACCGCCAAAGUUAUGGCCACAGUACGUGACAAGUGUUUAGUUAAGGUGGAAAAAGCAUUAAAUUUGUGGCUGGAAGACAUGAACAGAAACGGGGUUACGGUUGACAAUAAUGUGUUGUGUCGAAAGGCACUGACCCUGUACGAAGACUUUAGCAAAGGAUCGCCCGAAACAAAUGACAGCAAGCCCUUCAUUGCAAGUAGGGGGUGGUUACACAGAUUUAGAAACCGGUUCGGACUAAGAAGUGUAAAACUCACUGAAGAGGCUGCCCCUGCUGAGGACGACGCGGUGGCGACUUUUCCGGAAGAGUUGAAGGAGUUGAUUGAGGAGAAAGGAUACCACCCCAAGCAAGUCUUCAGUUGCAAUGAGACUGGGCUGUUCUGGAAGAAGAUGCCAGAACGAACCUACAUCCAGAAAUGUGCAAAGCAGGCCCCAGGGUGCCAACUCUGGAAGGACAGAUUAACUCUGAUCCUGUGCGGUAACACGGCAGGUCAUAUGAUAAAGCCGGGCGUAGUUUACAGAGCGAAGAAUCCGCGGGCUCUGAAAGACAAGGACAAAAGUUACCUACCCGUGUUCUGGCAACACCACCGGCAUGCUUGGCUCACAGACAGCUUAUUCAUUGAAUGGUUCCGCCAGUGCUUCAUCCUGGAGGCGAAAGAGUAUUUUGAACAGGAAGGCUUGCCGUUUAAAGCCCUGUUGAUCGUCAACAGUGCGCCGGGCCAUCCCGAGUCUGUUUGCUGCGAAGAUGGAAAUGUGGAUGUUGUGUUUUUGCCUCCCCAAACGACGUCAUUGCUUCAGCCGCUUGAUCAGGGUGCCAUCCGGUGUGUCAAGGCCACGUACACCCGUCUGGUCUUUGAUCGCCUUCGAUCGGCAAUGGAUGCCGACCCGAAUCUUGACAUCAUGAAGUGCUGGGAAUCGUUCAGUAUUGCGGACGCAGUUUCCUUUAUUGGAGCCGCUGUGGAUGGAUUAACACCAGAGACCGUAAACGCCUGCUGGAAGAAUCUGUGGGGCGAAGUCGUGAAUGAUUUUAAGGGUUUCCCGGAGAUCGACCGAGAAGUUAGGAAAAUAACUGAGGCCGCCAGACGGAUCGGUGGAGAAGGCUUUGUCGAUAUGAUUGAUGAAGAAGUGAAAGAACAUAUCGAAAGCCAUCGGGAAGUGUUAACCAAUGAAGAGUGGGAAGAACUUGUGAAGUCAUCUACGGAGGACGAGGAAGAGGAAAAGGUGAAGGAAGAAGCGGCAGAAGAACCGGCCAUGUGGACGGUGGAGAAAUUUGCCGAAGUGUUCCAGAUUGCUCAAGCUUUAAAGGACAAAAUUACGGAAUCUGAUCCUCGGAUGGAACGCAGCAUUAAAGUCAACCGUAUGCUCACCGAAGCGUUGCAGCCCCUGCAGCAGUACUUUGACGAGUUGAAGAAAAUGAAAUAA